AUGGUAUUACCUGUACAUACACUGAUCUUUGCUAAUAUUGUACUACCUGGGAAUAUCGGAUGCGUUGUAUCGAAUAAUAGUGUUGCUAUUUAUCAUGCUCUUUACAUACUUAUCAUGGGUGGUACAUUGCCACCUUUAUUUAUGACUUUGUGCACUAAAUUUAUUUGGACAAGUGUCAAGAAGAAAACGCAACGUAGAACAAUGACUAUAAUAAAUAGAGCAGAACGUCGUAAAGACAGCCGUGAGCAUCAAGUGUUAAUUCUACUAUUGGGGCAACUGACCAUCUUUCUUAUUUCAACAAUUCCGUUUAUGUCGAAUAAUCUGUAUACAACAUUAACUCGAGAUAUACCCAACAAGUCAGUUGAUCGUCGAUCAAUUGAAGGAUUUUCACAGGUUAGCACUGAACUAUUUGUAUAUAUGUUUUCAGCUUCAUCGUUCUAUUCAAACACAUUGGUCUCAUGCAAAUCUCGUUGUGAUUCGAUAGCCACAUUCAGCUGCUUCACUGAAUGUUAUUGUCGACAACGAUCUCGCGUAUCUGUAACGACUCAAACUCGAACGAAUGGCACCACCAAUGAAAUAUCACUUUCGCCGGGUAAACAGCUUCAAAUGCUGAAUACCAAUUAUACUAGUACACUCACUCGUGUACAAGAACCAUAG